AUGUUUCACUUUAUCUACAGUCGUCACUUGUUAACUAAUUUUAUUGAUUUUAAAACGGAUAUGGAAUUAAAUGCAUAUAAAAUUCAGAAGAGUUGUCAUGCUAAUGUAUUCUCCACACUAUGUGGAAAAUUAAAUAAUUAUUCGGAUAUUUUUAUGAAAGUUGUUAAGAAUAAAAAGAUUUGUAAUAUAACUGAUGAUGAAUUUAAUGCAAUUAAAACUUUAAAGAAUAAUAAAAAUAUUAUAAUUUGUCGUGCUGAUAAAGGAAAUGCUGUAGUAGUAAUAGAUAAAAUUGAUUACAUUAAUAAAAUGAAUGACAUUCUUAAACAGAAACAAUUUAAAGGUGCUAAAGAAUCAAUAUUAAAAGAAAAAGAAAAAUUUAUGAAUAAAUAUAUCUUAAAAUUACAUAACGAUAAAGUGAUUGAUAAAGAAACAUAUUGGAAAAUUCAUGCUACUGGUUCUUCAUAUGCUACUAUGUAUGGUCAACCAAAAAUUCAUAAAUUAAAUUAUCCUGUUAUACCUAUUAUCUCAUCUAUAGGCUCAUAUAAUCACGAUCUCUCAAAAUAUCUAUAUGAUAUUAUUAAAAAUAAUAGACCAUCAAAAUCAUUCUCUUAUGUUCGCGACUGA